AUUUGUUUACGCAUCAACAGGUAGAAUAUACAUGGAAAAAUGUGGAGAAUCUGCUUUGGAGAAAGCUGGAGAGUGCUUUUCUCUAUCUGGGCAGUACAGUCUUGCAGCGGAGGCGUAUGCAAGGGGAAAUAUUUUCUCAAAGUGCUUGUCCAUUUGUGCCAAAGGAAAACUCUUUGAAGUGGGUCUGCAAUACAUUGAGGAUUGGAAAAGUCAGGGAAAUGAGAAUAACGGAGUAGUAAAGAAAAGUAAAGAAAUAGAGAAAUUGGAACGAGACUUUUUAGAGAGUUGUGCCCUUCAUUACUAUGACCUCAGAGACUACAGGGCCAUGAUGAAGUAUGUGAAUGCUUUUCACUGCAUCGACUCAAUGCGAAACUUACUCAAGAGGCUGGGAUGCCUUGAUGAACUUAUCAAUCUGGAGGAAGACUAUGGUAACUUUUCGGAGGCGGCAAAGAUUGCAAGGAUGAAAGGUGACAUCCUUUCGGAGGUUGAUCUACUUGUAAAGAGCGGACAAAACAAAGAAGCGUCGAUGAAUAUCCUGUGGUACUUGUUAUUCUAUUCCCUUUGGGCUCCUGGAAGCAAAGGGUGGCCCUUGAAGCAGUUUGCACAAAAGGAGGAGCUGGUAGCAAAAGCGAAACAUCUCGCAAAGCCCGAGCCUAUUGCCUUCUAUGAAUAUGUUUCCGUAGAAUCAAACAUUCUGUUAAAUAAACAGAGCAGUUUGGCUGAAAUGAAAGAACGUUUGAGUGCUUCCAGGAGAAAUGGAAGUGUCAGAGGUGAAAUACUGUGCGCUCGAAACAUUCUGGACUUCCAUCUUCAUCGAAAUAUCUCAAAUUUUUGUUGGGAAUAUGAUUGGCUUGUCGACCCAAUAGAGUAUUCUGAAAAACAGAUCUUGAGGAAUCAGAUUUCCCAGAUUUCCGUUGACUCAUUGGUCUGCUUUUGGAAUCUUUGGAGAGAAAAGAUUGUUAGAAUUAUAAAAUGUGUAGGAUGUGCGGAGAUGCUGGAGGAAAAGGAAAAUAGGUGCUGUUGGGAGUUCUGUUUGAAUAACUUUGGUGUUCUGGAGCAACGGAACAACAUGCAAGGAACUUAUCACCUUGUAAACCCAGAUGCUGAUUGGGUCAGCAACAUAGAUAAAAGAUUUCUUCGAAGAAAUGGACAAUUGGUUGCUUUGGAGAUUCAACAAUUUGUCUCUGCAGCUCAAAAGUAUUGGAACUUCUGUUGGUAUGAUCCUCCUGCACAAACUGGAUGAACUUUAUCAUUUUUCACUGAGGAGUUCUCUGUCGAACUUCUGUCAAAGCAGAUGUCUUGCUCUCUUACAUGAGGUUGCAAAGUUCCUUCGAGAACUCAAUUGUCUGAAUGACUCCUUCCGGCAUGGUAGGGCACUGGAGGGUUUCAUUGAAACAUCCAGCAGGAGGUACAUUGGUCACAUAUUUCCUCUUGACUGGAGAGUAUCAUCGACAGAAUAUGAUAUCUCUAAGAGGCAGUGAGGCUGCUCGUCAUCUACUGACAGAAACGAUGAACAUGAUAAUUUUCAAGAAGCGUUUUUCACAUGGGAAGAUGGGUGAGCUUGCGACUUUGUUUCUUGGGUCUGGAAUGCUCAACGAUGAAUUGUACAGAAAAAUUGCAGAAUCUUUUGAGAGAAAUACAUCAUGGAAGGCAUUCAUGGAAUGUGUGUAUCGGGAUGUACUAGCAGACCUUCCUCAGGCCAGCGAUGAUAAUAAGCCGUCGAGUUCUCUUUGGCUUGGAACCUUUAUGGAGCUUUGGCAGAU